CAGCUAUACAAUUUUUUGAUAAAUUGAAAAAUGGACUUACCAACGAGAGAUGUGUCUGAUGAUGAUGAUGAACAAGAGAUGAAUCAGAGCUCAGACACUGGAAAAAGACUUCGUCAUUCUCCCAAUCAAAUAUUAAGGCUGCAAGAAACAUUCAAUGUUCUUCCACGUCCUGAUAAGAAGCAAAGACUUGAAUUAGCCAAUGAGCUCGGGCUUGAGCCAAAACAAGUAAAGUUUUGGUUCCAAAACAGAAGAAUUAAAAUAAAGAGUCUACAUGAGAAAGCAGUUAACUCUGCUCUUCGGGCUGAAAAUGAAAAGAUAUUGAAUGAGAUAAUGGAAAUGAAGGAGGCAAUGAAAAAUAUAUUUUGCCAAUCAUGUAAACCUAACGUAGAGCAUGAACAAUGUUUGAAUCGACUUCGGCUUGAAAAUGCACUUCUCAAAGAAAAGUAUGAGAGGUUGAUAAAAUUUGUUCCAAUAGAAAAAGAGAAACUAUCGCUAGAGUUGAAGAAAGAGCCUCCCACAAAAACAUCACCACUUGGAGAUUUUCUAAAGUUAGGAGUGAGUGAAAGUGGUUCCUUGAAUCUAAUUGUUGGUUCAAGUUCAAAAAGUUCUUUAGGUUCACAAGAAAACGUGUUGUCCAAGAAACCAAGCAAUGGAAUAGAAAUGGAAACAUCAAGGAUGUUGGAGGUUGGAAUUGCUGCCAAGGAUGAAUUGCUUAAGCUUUUGCGCACCAAUGAGCCCUUUUGGGUCAAGUCUCAAGUUGAUCGAAGACUUGUUCUUCACCAACAAAACUAUGAAAAUAUUUUUUCUAGGGUUGAUCAUUUCGAUGGUGCCGAUGUUCGUAUUGAAUCAUCAAAAGAUUCACGAAUAGUGAAAUUCAAAGCACUGGAUUUGAUUGACAUGUUUUUAGAUUCGGAAAAAUGGACAAAUCUUUUCCCAAUUAUUGUUAGCAAAGGGGAGACAAUCAAAGUGCUUGAAAGUGGCUCCCCAAAAAAUCGAAAUGGAGCAUUGUUGUUGAUGCAUGGAGAGAUGCACGUUCUUUCACCGCUAGUUCCUUGUAGGGAGUUUUACUUCCUUCGUUUUUGUGCACAAGUGGAAGCUAAUAUUUGGGUUAUAGCUGACGUGUCAUAUGAUUACUUGAAAGAGAAUGGACCUCAUUCUUCCACUUGGAGAUUUCCUUCUGGAUGUAUCAUUCACCAAAUUUCUAGUGGGACUUCACAGGUUUCAUGGAUCGAACAUGUUGAAGUGGGUGCGAAUGUUGAAGUGCACUCUAUUUACAGAGAUAUUGUGAAUGGAGCUAUUGCAUUUGGUGCUUCAAGAUGGCUUAUGGAACUGCAACGAAUGGGAGAAAGACUUACUAGAGCCUCACUUGAAUCCAUAGCUUCUUAUGACAAAGGAGUGAUUACUUCACCUGAAGGGAGGAGAAGGGUAAUGCAGCUUGCAAAUGAGGUUGUUAAAGACUUCAGUCAAAUUUUAGCAAUGUCAAGUAAGCUGGAUAAUAUUCCAAAAUACUUCAUUGAUGCUGAUGAUAGUGGAGUUAGGUUCUGUCUUCGAAAUAACACAAACUCAUCCAUUGUCAUCGUUGCUAGCUCCAUUUCGUUACCUAUCCCAUCUCAUAUUGUCUUUAAUUUCCUCAAAGAUCCUGCAAGACGUUUUCAGUGGGAUGUGAUUUGUAAUGGAAAGCCAUGGCAAGAGGUUGCACACAUCUCCACUGGGACACAUCCAAACAACUAUGUAUCAAUUAUUGAGCCUAUGGAACCUCGUUGCGAAGAUAGUGUGGUGAUAAUGCAAGAAUGUUUCAUAGAGCCAUUGGGAUCAUAUGUUGUGUUUUCUCCUGUUAACGUACCACAAUUGAAGAUGUUUCUGGAUGGCCAUGAUUCAUCAAUGGUGUCACUUAUUCCAUCAGGCUUUUUUAUCUCUGAAGAGAGUCAUUCUCUUUUGAAUGAUGAAACAACUUCAAGUGGCAGCAAUGGAAACGGUGGUGUAAAAACUAGAGGCUCACUACUAACUGUGGCUCUCCAAAUUCUUAUGCAUGGUGAAAUUAUGAGUUUGGAAUCUGUUGCUGAUGCUUCCAACACACUCAUCACAACAACAUUAAACAACAUAAAGCGUGCUUUGCUCUUUGAUUCUCAAAUUUGAAGUAUCUUAAUUUAGUUCUCAAAGACUAUAUUAUUAAUGAGACUAAAGUUUAUGUGUCUUUCUUUAUGCAGAAAAAUUAAUAUCAUUG